AUGAAUGAUGCUGGUAAGCGUCUAAUGGGCAAUAGUGACUUUACUACAGGUCAAUACACUGCAAAACAAGAGCCACAGUCUAAUUUUCAAAGCCAAAAUGCACAGAAUAAUGGGCCGUCACAGUUCGAAAACCGUUCACAACAGCCGCUGGGACAAGGGUUUCAAAGGAAUAAUCCCCUAGUGCAGCAUCCUCCUAUCAAUACCCUUGGAAAGGAAUCUGGAAUGUUCAUGAAUAAUUCAAGUAUUAAUAGAUCAAUUUCUAACACAUCUCCAAUGCUAUACCAUUGGACCAAACCAACAAAUACCGAUGAAGAAAAAAAAGCAGAUGAUAAUUCUGAUAAUGGAGUCCCAAAACAGACAUCACUCAUACAACAACCCUAUCAACGACAGUCUUAUCCUUCUGACUAUACUCCGAUAUAUCAUCAACAACAACCACGGUUUGUAGGUCAACAAAGUGUUCCUCCACCACCUCCUCCUUCCACAAAUCAUGCUCUUCCUAUUCAGCAAGAUUUCCAAGCUACCAUAGGCCAUCCACAACAGGCUCCGGUUUAUGGAAGAGUACCUCUUAGAAAUAUGAACCAGACGGUAAUACAGGCAGUCCCCCUUCAUAGUCAAUACUUUACUGCAUAUGGAAUGCCACAAAUACCGACAGGACAACAAGAGCCUUUAUUGAUAUCUAAUGCUCCACCUAUUUCUUAUAUGCCCACUAUUCCAACUACUGUUCCUGUCACAACCUUCCAAAGGCAAAAUUCAAAUGCCUUGCCUAAUAUGUAUAUUGAUAAUGGCCAGAAGGUACCCGUGCAACCGGAACAAAUAGCGUCCAAACAAUAUAUACCAUCGACUCUGAAUAAUGUUGUUCAUUCGCAUACCAACAGUAACAUUUAUUAUACUUCUCCCAAUUAUCAAAUGGUGCCUGAAGAUAUUAGUCGUUCGCAUCACUCACAAAACUUUAUUACAUCACAAACAGUUGUGACCCAACCUAAUUUCAAAACGGGACAAUUGCCUUUCUCAUACCCUAAUAUUGUAGCUCCCAAAGAAGAAAGAAGAAAUGAUUCUUCCUUUUCUAUUGAUAAUACUAAUCCUAACCCGGAUAAUGCAAAUUCCAACACUACCACCAUCAUCAACAACAACAAUAGCAAUGCUGUAGCUAUCGCAACGAUAUUAUCCAUGGGAGAGUUUGAUAUUGAAUCACAAUCCUAUCGGUGUCGAAUAUGUGAGAAGAAAUUCAAAAGGCGGUCAUGGUUAAAGCGACAUUUACUAUCACAUUCAUCAGAACGACAUUAUUUAUGCCCCUGGUGUUUGAGUAGACACAAGAGAAGAGAUAAUCUUUUACAACAUAUGAAAUUGAAGCAUCCAAAUAAUUUAAUUAAUGAAUUAAAAUUACGAAAUUUUAUUUCUUCACAAACUGCUGCUGCUUCAGUGGCCUUUGUAACGUCAGCAGCUCCAAGUAUUAUGAGCAUUAAUGAUGGGAUGAAUAAUACCGUUGCAGGUACUGUUGAUAAUGCCGUUUCGACACCUGGGUAUGAAACAGGUAUUACUAUUAAGGAUUUAAUUUCUGAAGGUUUAAUUAAUAAAGAAGACGUCAAAAGGCUGUUAAAUAUUCUGAUUGAUGAAUAUAAUAAUUGA